GAUAAAAAGAAAACUACCAAAAUUGGUUUUCAAGAAACAGAAAAGAAAAGAGGUGAGCAAGUCGAAAAAGUAAAAGUGCGGGUCGCCCGAAAAUUUAAGGAUAAAAAAGUAGAAAAAGGCACCUCAUGCCAAAGUUGCGAGGAAAGGAAAGAACGGUACAUUUGCUCGGCUUGCCGACAAACCGAACCACAAGAAGAUAAAACAUUAGAAUUCUAUCCUUCAUUGAUGAAAAAAAAAUAUCUAUACCGGGGGGCUACCAUAAUACGAGAUAAACUUCCAGUUCAAUUUCGAACUGAAUUUGACCAAUUAUUACCCCAGUUAAAGUUAAAUGCCAACGAGCAAGAAUUAAUUACGAAAGCUGAAAAAUUUCUGGCGGACUUUUUGGCGGAAAAAGGCGGAAAACAAGACCAUAUUGAUUGA